UCGUCGCGUGUUACUGACGCAAUCACUUUGCGCACCGAGGCUCCGUCCAGGCUGCACUACAGCACACGUGUUGUUGUGAUAAACUUUGAGCCAUGGCAGGCUCCUUUUCUCAGGAGAUCCAGGAUCUGUUGAACCCUUUGCCUAAAUUCACCGAUCCGGAGGAUGACGGCGACGAGGCGACCAAAGCCAAAGUGAUCGAGACGUUCAACGAUGACGAUGAUGAAGACGAAGAUGGGGUCGGUAGCCUCAGCGCUCUGCGGAAGCACAACACAACUCUUCUGUCAGAAACUGACAAACGGUAUGUGGGGAAGACAGUGUCCCGGAAACAGCUGCUGAUGGACAUUGAGGGAUCUGGUGAUGAUGAGGAGGAGGAAGAUGAGGAGGAGGACGAGCUUGAUGAAGAAGAUGAUUCUUUGGGAGAUGAAGAGGCUGAGGAGGAGGAGGAGGAGGAUUUAGAAGAUGAUGAGGAAGAGGAGGAGUUGGUGGAUGAUGAUUCCAAACUGGCGUCUAAGUCAAAGGUCGCUGAUGUGACGUUUCCUCAGGGCAUGGACUUCCACAAACUGACAGAGGGCAUGGAUGACCUGGGAGUGAGUGAAGAUGAUGAUGAUGAUGAUGAUGAUGAUGUCAGUGGCGAGGAGAGCGAAGGCAGCGACGCAGACUCUGAUGAGAUGGAAGACGAAGAGGACGAGGGAACCGUCCACACGUUCUCUCAAGAGAAAGUGGACGAGGAGGUGGAGAAAGGGAAGUCCGUGAAGAACCAACUGGCCCUGUGGGACCAGCUGCUCGAGGGGCGCAUCAAGAUCCAGAAAGCUCUGGUGACCGCCAACCAGCUCCCGCAGCCGCAGACCUUCCCCGAGUUCAAGAAGAGGGGUGGAGCGGAGCUGGCGGGGGAGCUGAAGAACACCCACAAGGCUCUGAAAGCUCUGCAGAGAUCCCUGCUGGAGCUGCACGACCAGCUGCUGUGCCAGAAUGCAGAGACGAGGGCCGUCGCCAUGGGGACGCCAGAAGCUGAAGAUGAGGAGAUAAACAGCGAUGAGGGUGAAGAAGAAGAAGAGGCGUUCGUGCAGGAGGGUGGAGCACCGAAACGCAAACUGGAGAUGGCAGAGUAUCCGGAUUUCAUGGCCAAACGUUUCGCUGCGUUCCAGCCGUACCGUAACAACACGUUGCAGAAGUGGCACGACAAAACUAGACUGACGAUGGGCAAAAGCAGUAAGGGAUUCGGGGCUUUUGACAGAAACAUACUGACCCAGGUGGAGCAGGUGCUGAUGGACAACGAGAGGCUGGUGCGGCGCACACAGACCCGGCGCUCCGAGUACAGAGUCCUGGGCAAAAAAGAGGCCCCUGCCGUCCCCUCUGAGGCCUUCCCAACAGAAGGAGAGGACGUGGAACCACAGCUGAAAGCAAACACACAUCUCAAGGAUCUGGACGAGGAUAUAUUCGACGAUGACGAUUUCUACCACCAGCUGCUCAGAGAGCUGAUCGAGCGCAAGACAAGUGCGUCGGACCCCAACGACCAGGUGGCGAUGGGCAGGCAGUGGCUGGCCAUCCAGAAGCUGCGCAGCAAGAUCAAGAAGAAGGUCGACACAAAAGCCAGCAAGGGACGCAAAGUCAGGUUCCACGUCCACAGCAAGCUGGUCAACUUCAUGGCUCCCAUUGACCACAGCUCAGUGAGCGACGAGGCACGCAGCGAACUGUACCGCGGCCUCUUCGGGCAGAACUCUGCAGGCAGGGAGUGAUGGACGAGUUGAUGGAAAAGUGGAUGGAAUGAUGCUGAGCAGCAGUCGGUGCUGUGACAGAGACUGGGCCUGCUGUUUGUCAGGAGGACACAGAAUAUGGAUUCAUAGAGUUUUUCAUCAAUACCUUUUAUACUGAGAAACAUUUUCAGUAUGUGUUGUUGCCUAAUGAGCAAUUUGUAAAAAAAUAUACUAUAUAUGUUAUGGAAGACAAUUGAUGUAUAUUUUUCUGUCAACAAGUUUCAUAUGAUUCAAGUAAAGUGUGUACUUAAAGCUG